AUGGUUGCAAACCGUCGGAUGGCUAGGUCGAUGAAUGUAGAAAUAUAUUCACGACGCCUUGAAACGUUUCGAGUUACGGAGACCAUUGGUCGUCGACCCGGUCUACCACCUAGGUCCUAUAGAGUUGAUCUCCGGAAUAGACAAUGCGAUUGCAGGAGAUUCCAAACACUUCAUUAUCCGUGUGCUCAUGUUGUGGCAGCUUGUGCUAAAGUAAACCUUAAUGUUGAACAAUUUGUCGAUGAUGUGUACACACUCAACCGCACGUUACGUGUAUGGGAAAAUGAGUUUCCUGUCCUGCCUGACCUGUCUACGUGGGAAGUGCCUCCGACGACUUUUGAACUUGUCCCAGACAGAGGUCUACGCCAGAAUUUGAGAGGUCGUUCGCAAUCAACUAGAAUCCGUAAUGAAAUGGACAUUAGGGAGAAAUCCGAGGGUACGCGUUGUGGAUUAUGCAGGUUAGCUGGUCAUAAUCGGAGUAAAUGCCCACAGUGA